UUCAACUACCACUGAACACAUUUCCUUUUCUUUUUCUUCUUCUUCCUUGCCAUUAUUCAUCUUUGCAUCUGCUGGAUUGAAAAACAUUUUCACAGUUGACAACACAAAUCAAAAUAAAGUAAUGUAAUAUUUUUCAUCAUACUAAUUCUCCUAAAAAAAAUAUUAAUUAAAAAAAAAAAAGAAGAAUCUCUUACACGUGAUUUGAUGAAGACAAAAAGCAGCUGUCCAGGUAAUGUACUGUAACAAACAAGCAGAGAAAUACUCCUUUACGGCAGAAGAAGAAAGAGAACGCAGAGGGCAUAAUUGUCAAUUCCCUUUCCUUUAUUAUUUAUUUUAUAUUUUUACAAUUGUUUUUUGUAAUUUUUCGUUGUUGUUUGUUGUUGAGCUGCUAAAACCACACUUCGAUUCGAACAGACGGAGGAACCAAAGUUGGGCUCCAACAACCAACUGCAAAAUGCAUAAAACAUAGUUUUCUUCUUCUUCCUCUGCAUAAUUCAAUAAUGUUUCAGCAAACACUUUUCCAACCUUGUUCUUUUUCAUUCUCCACAAUACCAUUUCAUGGAACAACAAAACCUUCCUCUUUCACACUUCGAUGUCAAGCCAAUGAUCAAUCUCUUGCAUCUUCCGAGGUUAUUGCGAUACCAAAGCUGAUGGAAUCGGAGAAAAAGAAUGGACCUUACCCAGGUGGGUUGGGUCCAUUUACUGGUAGAGACCCGAAUGUGAAGAAGCCGGAGUGGUUGAGACAGAAAGCUCCUCAGGGUGAAAGGUUUUCUCAAAUUAAGGAAUCUAUUUCUCAGUUGAAACUCAACACUGUCUGUGUAGAAGCACAGUGUCCCAAUAUAGGAGAGUGUUGGAAUGGAGGCGAAGAUGGUAUUGCAACUGCCACAAUCAUGGUUCUUGGGGAUACUUGCACUCGUGGAUGUAGAUUUUGUGCUGUAAAGACCAGCAGAAACCCAGCACCUCCUGAUCCUAUGGAGCCGGAAAAUACUGCCAAGGCCAUUGCCAGUUGGGGGGUGGAUUAUAUUGUCAUAACAAGUGUGGAUCGUGAUGAUAUACCUGAUGGAGGAAGUGGGCAUUUCGCACAAACUGUGAAAGCUAUGAAGAAUCUCAAACCUGAGAUCAUGGUUGAGUGUUUAACCUCUGAUUUUCGGGGAGAUCUUAAGGCUGUAGAAACUCUGGUUCACUCAGGUUUAGAUGUCUUUGCUCACAACAUUGAGACAGUCAAACGGCUUCAAAGACUUGUUAGAGAUCCAAGGGCUGGGUACGAACAAAGCUUAUCGGUUCUAAACCAUGCAAAACAAAGCAAAGAGGGCAUGAUAACAAAAUCUUCGAUAAUGUUGGGACUUGGAGAAUCUGAUGAUGAGGUGAAGCAAACAAUGAUGGAUUUGAGGGCCAUAAAUGUAGAUAUUCUGACUCUUGGUCAGUAUUUGCAGCCGACUCCUUUGCAUUUGACUGUCAAAGAGUAUGUUACGCCUGAGAAGUUUGAUUUUUGGAAAGAAUAUGGAGAGUCUAUCGGUUUUCGUUAUGUAGCCAGCGGCCCACUGGUACGAUCUUCAUACCGAGCUGGGGAGCUGUUUGUCCAGACAAUGGUAAGAGAAAAUACCAAGAAUGCAAAUGGGUCAUCGUUGUAACUCUUCGCUAUGUGAUUAUGGAUAUAUAGCAAGCCGCAAGAGACGAUGAGAUUUUCGCUGCUUUUGCAAUUCCUGCACAAAAAGAUGAUCAGCUAUAUACAAGUGUCUUCUAUUGCUUUGGAGCAAAGACAUACAGAUUUUUUAAUUUUAGUCAACUAUAUUAACUAAUUCAGUAAGAAAUUCUAUUUGAUUCAUUCAUAACUCAUUAUCACAUAUGAUUUAGAGAUAUUUAUAGUUCUAUUUUCAAUACGAUAAUAGUGGAUAGACUUGUGUUGUAAACUAAUUAAUAUUUUUGUCACA